AUGGGAAUCAACGGUUUACUACAGAUCGGUGAUGAAGAUACCGUUGUGGUCGACGCUAACGAGAAUCUAAAAAAGCUUCGCGAUCGUGGUUUUGAACGACCAAAUAAAAAAUGUACCCUUUUGCCAUAUUUUGACAACCUUGAAAUACAAUUAGAUAAACAUUUACAAUCGAUUGUUAAUGGACUCGUCUCAGUCCUUUUAACCGAAAAUUCGAGUGAUCUCAUCGAUUAUAUGGAACAAUUCACAAGGUACAUCGAAGAUUAUGGAUUGCGAAUGAAGAGAGAAUUACUGAUUGAUCUAAUAAAAUUGUUUUAUGAAGGAUUAAUAAAGAAGGACCAAAAAGCUACAUUAAUCAAGCACUGUGCCACAGGGAUUUUGGCGAUUAUGAAGAAAAAUCGCGAAAAUUCGCUGUCUUAUCAUGAUAUUGCACUGGAUUGGAAGCCGCUCUACGAUUUGUGCACUCGGGUGUACUAUGGGAAAGUGCGCGAUGUUACUGUAGCCAAUGUGUCUGCCGCAAUUGACACCCUUUCCGUAUUUUAUCGGCCGCAAGACCAACAACAGAUUUGGGAGCAGAUGCAAGUCCAUAUAUCUAUCAAUUUUUCAAUGAAAACAUUCAUGGAAUUGUGCACGGUGUUUCUGACAGUCGACGGGCUCUCAGCCGACGAGCACCAACGAUAUGGCAUCGGUGUUUGGUUUGACGCAUUCUGGGAGAUUUAUGUGAGCGCCGAGAUGAAUGUGGUUUGGGGAGAGCAUGUCAUGAGAAUUUUCUCAAGAAUCGCGUUUUUCCAUCCGGAAAUUAUUGAUUGGAAGCCGUAUUAUGAUGUGAUUUUCACGAAAGCGAUUCGAUCUUUGGAAUUGUCGUUGAGAGGCGGAAAAACCGCGGUGGGUGACGGCUCGGAGAGCAAUGGAGUCUCUCAAUUUGCUUAUUUCAUUAGCUCGACGAUUGGAGGAGAAAAUUCAUGCUUGUCUCAUUUUGCCAAAAUGAUCAAGGGCAUCGAGUUCUCCAUGCAUCCGUUGAACACCGGAAUUCACGUUGAGCAGAUUAUUUCGUUUUUCGAGAACUUCUUGAUCUACUUUACGAAUCGAAUUCGACGCGAGAGAUAUCGCGAGAAGGCACGAAAGGUUCCAACUGAGUACUAUCUCACGGAUGAUGAGAUUGACAAUGUCACACUUCUCAUCGCUGAUCCGAUUCUUAUGCUUCUCUUCUCGCCGGAUGCCAGCUAUAAGAAGUUGUCGUCAAUUCUUUAUCUCGUCGCGUCGCUCAAUGUUCGACUGGUUGCGCCGAAACUGCUCGAUCACGUUUACUCGGCGCUUUUCGCUGUCAAUGAGCCCGAGAGAUUGUCGACGACAAUUGACGCGCUCGUCGUUGUGAUCUUCGAGCUUCUUCGCGAUAAUACGAACGAGAGGAAGAAAUAUGAGGAAUUCUCGAAUGAAUGGAUUGUUCGAAUGGAAGCCGAACGCAUGAAUUGGCCGACGUUUCGUGAAGGCAGUCAGAUUAGAGACAUUGAAAGUCGAAGAAUCACCACCCUUCGGCAUCAUGCCAUCUAUAUUCUGGAGUUGUAUGUGAAUUCGAUUGACGUGAACGAUGUAAAUCGGACAGAAGCUGUCUUGAAGUCGAUUGUCCUUAUUUGCACAUCAAUUCCGGUUAUCGAUUUCUCGAAUGCGGACCAGUAUUACAAGUGCGAAAUGGAUGAGGAUGAUGCUCUUCUCUGCCAACUGUCGAAGCGUCUUCCGAUUAUUGUUGAAGCGAUUUUUGAGAAAAUUCUUGCCGUGAUUUGCUGCAUGGCGGUGUGUGCGCCGAAGGAUUCGAUGAAUAACAUUGGGACAAUGAAUGAUUUUGUGACGUCGGACGGCACCGAGGAGCGCGUUUUCAAGAAAUCGAUCGAUGAAUGCGUUGCGGCAAUAUUUGCGCACUGCGGAAAAGACGCGACCGACAAGCUUCUGGAUCGUCUGUUCGAGUUUGUGAGCACAACGCAUUUCGAGAGCAACCUCGCCACCGAAGUCCUCUCCGGUUUCAUCACCUCGUGCAUUUGGGCGUGUCCGGAGGCGUGGAAGAAGUUCACGAUAUUCCUACGCAAUAAACUGAAGACGGUGUUCACCGAUGAGAUUCGAAAACUGAAAGAGCCGCCGCCGUCGGUGCUUUACUAUGCCGUUUUGACGACAUCGAUUUUUAUGGUGGUGCCGAGCAUUAUGAUUGAGAAUGAGGAGCUCAUGCUCGAAGUCAUUGAGCUUUUGCUUAGCUGUGAUAGUCGUACUGCCUACCAUAUUGGUGCGCGAGGAUUGUCGAUAGUGUUCUGCAUUCUGACAUGUCUCUUCCCGUCGCCUCAUGAUUUGCCGUAUUUGCGAAUCAAGCAGCCGCUUGAAGAGUGGAAUCCGUUUGAGGAAUGGGGUAGAUGCUACAAAAUCGAGGACAUCAAAAUGACAUGGAUUGUGCCGACGCGAAAAGGUGUCGGCAUGCUUGAUCGUGUUGUUCAGCGAUUCAUGAUCCCAUUGAUCGACUCGUUGAAGAGCGAGCUGUCAAGAGACGAUCUACGAAAAGCGGUUCAUAUAAUUUAUUCGACGUUUCCGAUGCUCAAGGAUGUGUGUCCGAAGCCGAAAAGUGAGGUUCUCGCCACGAGUUUCACCGUCCAAUGCAUGCCGCCAGUUUCGAGCCAAGUCGCCGCGGUUCAUAAAGUUUCUUGUGACAUCCGAGCUCCCAAUGGAGCCAAUCUCAUCGAGUAUCUUGUUGAUGGAUUGGAAGCAAUUCUCAAGUGUCAUGAUCCGAGAGUUUGUGAAUAUGUCCUCGGCAUUUUUGCGAUUUUGACUGAUGAGACGUUUACUGUUAGUAGCGAUAAAUCGGCGAAGGAUGAUCUCGUCUCACAUACUUAUGGAUAUUUGUGCGUUUCCAAAUAUGGCGAGAAGGUUUACGGAGUUUAUGAAGCCAUGCAGACGUUUGCGAUUUUGGAGCAUUUGACGGUCUCGAUAUAUGUCGCCAAAACGAUCACUCCGCCAACUGUGUUUGAUAUUCGGAUAUACAAGAAUAUGAUCCGAUUGGGUAUCAAUGAGUAUGAAGUGGUGCGACUCUCAGCGAAAGGUUAUUUGAAAACGAUCGCCGAGAAGAUCUUCUUCUGUCGAGAAUACCUCAUCGACGAGGUCGUCGCGAUCAUUUCGGAUCCGAGUUCGUCGAUCAACACCCUUAAAGGCGCAUUGUCGGUGUGUUGCGCGCUCAAUUGGACGGAGACGACCAAUUCGUUCAUUCGCAACAAAUUUUGGAUAGCGGUUUUGAAAAUGAAGGUCAUCGAUGAGCCCAUGCUCAGGCAGUAUUUCGAAGCGAUCGCCUCGUGUGUUUACAACAAUAGCAAUAAUGUGAUUCAUUCGAUUGAGAACAAGGAUUCGCCGCAGAAACGGAAUCAGAAGAUUCGCGAGAUCGGAAUGAGAUUGGUUUCGGCGGCUGAAUGCCCGGAAUGGGCGCCGUAUUUGAGCGAUGAGGGAAUUCAGAAGCAGUAUCGAAUUAUUCGGGAAUGGAAGGCGCGAUCGCAGGAGGUUCGAAAGGAAAUGGUUGCGAAAUUGCUGACGAGCUAUGUCAACAAUGGCGAAUUGCACCAUACACGCGAGAAAUUGGCGCGAUCGAUGGUGUAUCGAUGUCAGCGCGAAUCGGCGGGUGUUGAGACGAUGAAGGUGCUGGUGCCGCAAUUGAUUCACGAGGAGCUCGAGCAGCGCGAAGAGGCGCAGAAUGAGCUUGUCGUUUGGCUCAAAUACAACAAGCCGAAAGUGGCGAGAUUCGAGUUGAAGCCGACGAACUCGUCGAAGAAGCACUUGCUCGCGUCGGGACUUCGUCCGGAUAAUUUGUUUCUCGCGUAUGAUUCGCACAAUUUGCCGGACACCGCCGAGAAGUGGAACAAGACGUUCUUCAUUGACAAACAGAAGGGCUGCUGUCGAUUUGCGAAGACGAUUAGUGUGGCGAGACGAUGGGCCGAUGGGCCGCCGCUGCCGUCGAGGGAGCUCAACGAGGCGGAGAAGGUGAUAAUGGAAUGGUUCGAGGUCGAGGAGAAUGUGCAGAAGUUUGUCGAACUUCGCCGUCAUGACAAAGAGGCGGAGGAUGCCGGUGUGUCGGCGGGAUUCUCCGGUGUGAUCAAGUUGGUGAUUCGCAAUUUUCCGCAGAGCACAAAAAUCAUUGACAAUUUUGCGAUGAAUCUCGAUGAGAAUCUCAAGUCGAAGAAGCGCGAGAAUCAGAUUGUCGCCGCCGAGAUAUACGUCGGAAUUGCGGCUGGAAUCAAGCAUCGCGAGUUUGCGAUUCAAGAGAGAUUCUGGAGCUGGAUUGCGAUUCGUCUUGACGCCUUCUUUGAUGUGAUGAGCAGCGAAGCGAAAGCGGAUUGGGACACGGCGAUGACAUUGACGAUGUACGGCGAUUUGAGGCGACGAUGGUGGCUGGUCGAGAAGUUGUUUGAAGGAAUGAGGAGAAGCAAUGUGGAGGAGUGGAAGCAGGCAUUUCGGAUUGAGAUGUUCAUGCUACCCAAGUGGAGGCAUACGCAGAUUUUCAAGCGGAUCGCCGAAAUCGCGUUUGCCAAAUUGCCGUUCACUGUCACUGACACCCUUCGAAGUGCGAUCUCGAAGUCGAUUCAGGCGAUCGCGCAACUGAGGGAGAUCAAUUACUAUAGUCCUUAUGAGGAUCUGCCGGAACGGUUCCGGAUCGACGACACUGACACGUGGAUCAAGAAGUUCACAUCAAACAUUCCGCAACUUCGCAGUUGUUUGGCAUCGUCGUCGACGUCGUCGUCGGUGUUGAUGAGGAAACGGGUGAGAUCGGGAAAUGGGCGAUCGCGAUCGACAUCGCCGGCACAGAAACGCAAACGGGUUAGCGAUUCGGUGGCGUUGAGCACCACGGCGAUUGCUGAGAAACGGGCUUUGAUCUAUUUCCGGUCACUUUUGGAGUUUUUGACGCAAUAUUACUAUAAUUGCUAUCAUAGCUGGACGCCGGCGAUUAUUGAGCUUUUGCCGAAGCUCUUCGAGUUUUCCAAUGAGGACUCCUACGAAUUCGCUGAGGAUGCAUGUAAGGAUGUCGACAUCAUCCAGAACUCAUCGAUGCUCAUCCAUGAGUUCAUGUCGACACUUUGGUUGUCGGAUGAGUUUAUCGAUUCGAUUCUUCAGACGUUGGUCAACACGUUUUCGGUGAACGAAUGCGUGUGGAGGACGCGUUUGGCGAUUUUGAAAUUUGUCUCGGUUAUUGUGUACUCAAACUUUUUUCCGAUGAUGGAGGAAGGCCGAAAAGUGAAAAUUGAGAAGUUGGUGUAUGAAGCGGUCCGGGAUUCGUCGGUGAUUGUUCGCAAAGAGGCCGCCAAAUGUAUUUUGCUGUUUCUGAAUUGCGAAUACUUGAAAACGAAUGAUGAGAAAGUUGAGAAGUGGGCUCGAAUAUUGAAUGAUCGAAAAGAGUCGACGGCUCAUCGUCAUGGUGCGGCUUUGGCUCUUGGCGCGAUUGUUAUGGCGUUUCCGUUCAGCCUUCCGGAGAUUAUCUUGAAGCCGCUCGAUGUUUUGGGAUCAGCGUCGACCUCGUUGACUACUGUUCAGAAGACGAUCACGGAAUCUUUGCGUGAAUUCCGACGACAGCAUCGAGAUGAUUGGCAGAAGACGAAGGAAUUCCUUGGAGAGAGAAUCACUUACGAAAUUGAGAAUGCGACGGCUCCGAUUUAUUAUGCGUAA